AUGCGUGACGGAAAGAAGACGGUUCUGGUCAUCAACGGACCCAAUCUUAAUCUCCUUGGCACUCGUGAGCCGCAGCUUUACGGACACGAGACGCUUGCUGAUGUGGAAAAUGCGCAGAAGGAACAAGCGAAGACGCUCAAUGCCAACGUCGAGUUCUUCCAAAGUAACUGGGAGGGCGCUAUCGUCGACAAGAUUCAAGAAGCAAGGACAGAUGGAACCGACGGCAUCGUCCUGAAUCCCGGCGGCUUCACCCACACCUCCGUCGCGAUCCGAGAUGCUCUCCUGGGCGUCGAAAUCCCAUUCAUCGAGCUCCAUGUGGCUAACAUACACGCCAGAGAGGAGUGGAGACAUCAUUCAUACUUCUCAGACAAGGCAAAAGCCAUUAUUGUCGGAUGUGGUGCUGCAGGCUAUGGAUAUGCAAUCGAACAUGUGGUGAAGAAGUUUCCAGAGAAGGUCAAGCCGUGA